AUUUAUAUAUUAUACAAUGCACAAUCAAAAUGUUAUCGUUUUAUAUACAAAGAUCACGUGUGUUUUGUAAGUCAUAAAUGUUUUAUAUUUCGAAAAUAAAUUUAAUUUGUUCAAACUAAUUGAAUGUGAUAAUGACAAGUUUUAUUCCUUGCGUGAAAUGGGUGAAGCAAGGUGUAUCUUUACACCAAAACAAAAUCAAGUUAUCUCAACAGGAAUUGCAAGAAUUGACAAAAACCGAAAAAAAAGAGAAAGAACCCAGCAGAAAUACUAGAAAAGACUACAAUUUAGAGAAUUAUGAUGAAGAGACCAUGGAUAUAUCAGGAGCCAUGUCUCUAAGUAAUUUGGCUGUAUACAAUGAUAUCAAUAAUGAUGACAAUGAUUCUGAUACUGAUAGUGACAAACUCGAUGAAAUUCUUAAACCUGAUGAUAAUCUUGUAUUAGUAGGGAAUGUUAAAAAAAAUGAGUGUAUGUUAGAAGUUUAUGUUUACAAUGGUAACGAUAAUGAUUUCUAUAUUCACCAUGACAUUAUUUUAAAAAAUCCACCGUUAUGUUUGGAAUGGUUUGGAUCUAUGGGGAAUUUAUGUGCUUUAGGAUCUAUGUCUGCCACAAUUGAUUUGUGGGAUUUAGAUUUGAUUGGUUGCUUGGAGCCCACCCAUAGGUAAAUGUAAUAAAUCAUAAUAUUUUUUUAAAUUUAAAUUUUAAAUUAUGACUUGAUUACCACUUAACACUAAUAAAUAUUUCAUUGAUAUUUGUAGAUUGGGCAGAAAGAAAAAAAAAAAUCCUGAACGAAAUUAUGGUCAUACUGAUGCCAUCUUGGAUAUAACAUGGAAUGAACAUCUAUCUCACAUAAUUGCUAGUGGUUCAGUAGAUGAAACCAUUUUACUUUGGGAUUUAGAUGCAUGUGAACCUCAUACUAGAAUGGAAGACUUUGGUGAUCAUGUUCAAUCAAUAAAAUGGCAUCCGUUUGAAUCACAAACACUUGCGGUUGGUUCUUCAGAUUUUUAUGUAUAUGAUUGUCGCACCUAUGAUACAUAUAAAAGUUGGAAAAUCAAAGGAAAAGUAGAAAAAGUUCACUGGGAUCCAUCUAAUGGAUUCUUGUGCUAUGUUGGCACUGAUAGAGGUCGACUAAUUUGCUAUGACUGUCGAACCGAUAAACCACUAUGGAGGUAUAAGCAUCACGAAAAUGAAGUCACUGGAAUUUAUGUUUGGGAUAAAUUUAUUGUAAGCUCUUCUACAGAUGAAACAUUAAAAGUAUGGGAUAAAGAAAAAAAACACUUGAUCAAAAUAAGAGAAUUUUCUGGUGCAUUGCAUAGUUUGGAUGGAUGUAGUGAUUACCCUUUUAUGGUAGCUGUUGGUGGAAGUGGUACAUCUAAAUUUCAACUAUUUGAUAUUAAGGAUUUUAGUUUAAAAACAUGUUAAUUUU